AUGGCUGGACCGUCGGCGCAGGUCAAAUGGACCCCCGAGGCCAGCAUCUUGAAGCCAAUCGACGCGACAGUCAAUUCUGACGAAUGGCCGUCCUUUUAUCUGACCGACGCUGCAAUCUACAGCAAGGACGGUACCUCACUUGCCAAUGCGCUGCUCGUCGGCACCGAAGGCCCCUUUGUCGUCCGUGGCAAGCUCGAAGGCGAAGAGGAAGACGGGUCGCAAUUUGUCCGCCCCGACGUCCGCUCGGCCAACAUCGAGAUCAACGACUGUACCCUCUACUCUCUCGGCUUUGAUCCCCUGCCGCUCGUCUGGGUCUCUGGUCAUGCCGGCUGGUUCAUGAUCAACCCCAGUCCCACCUACAUUCCCUUCUACAAUGACAUCUGCGACGUCUCCGUCCUGUACCACCACAUAUCCGAGAUCUACAACACAGCCGUCGAAAACGCUGCCAAGGUUGAGAAGAAAAACGUCUACGCCAACCUCUCCACCAAACACAUCCUGUUCGAGUAUGCCGUAGCAGUCGGUGACGGCAUCACCUACGACGAGCUGGUCGACAAAUGCGUCCGCUUGGCCCCCUUGCUGCUCGCCCACUUCGCGAGCAUAAAGACGUUCAACUGGAAGACAACCGGCUUCGUCAAGUGGUUGACACGGGAGAUACAAGAUCGAGGCCGUACUGACCGGAGAUCAAGCCGCGCCAUUUCCGUCACAGACAACCGCUCACAAUCAUCUCCCGCGCCAACUGCAGUGCCGUCGUCAUCCGCACCUCAGCCCUCCUCCUCCUCCUCUUCCACAGCACGUCCGCCUUCUUCGCUCUCCCACGAGCUGCCGCUCCGAACCCCACCACGAUCUUCGCUCAACUCGAACCCGCCUCCCGAUCCACCAUCGACAACAGCACAACCCGCUGCAGCCACAUCCGACGCGCAGACAAUGGACGAAGCCGAUGGCCGUCAUGCGGCUGCCCUCCGAAUGCUCCUCGACGGCAUCCUGGAGAUCGGCCGAGACUUUCAUGGCGACGUGUCGCGCAUCAGCCAGUCUCACAUCCACGGAAAGCUCUACAACAAGUUCCGGCUCAAGUUUUAUACCGUCGCUAAGGAUCUGUCGGCAUACUUUGCUACGGAACUCUUGGCCGCACUGGACCACGAAUGGGCUGAGUCUCCGUACGGCCUCUGGCUUCGCACUGCCAGCUCGCAGCCCUUUGUCCCCGUCUCGCCCGACUUUACUGUUCGUGACAUGCCCAACCAGCUUGUCCGUCGCGCCGGCCAUAUCAACCAGCGCCAGAGACAGGGUUCCGCAACCCCGACAGCGUCUUCUACACCACUGCGCCGUGACCAGCAGCGAUCGGCCGGCAAGGCCCUGCCGUCUGCCCUGAGUGCUCGCCGUGGCGGCAAGCACGCCGCUCUGCGUCUGCCGCUGGCCUCCAAGAAGCGCCCGCACGGCAGCGCCUUCUCCAACGACAACUCGGACAACGACUCGAUAGACGACGGCGACGAUGCCGGCACCAGCAGCAGUGCCGACGCUCGGGGUCAUGACGCGCGUCGGCGAAAGCUCGCAAACAAAAACGAAAACGAAAUCGGCAACGACAACGAGACCAUGCUCGUCGUCCGAUCGCAGCCGCUAGCCCAGUCCACUGCGCCGACCGGACCCAACCGGACCUGGCGUUGCGCCCGGCCGGCCUGCGGCUUCUUCGUCCGUGAUGCCGGCCCCAACUUUGGCACAGGAGGUGAUCUCGACGACGACAGCAGCGACGAUGACGAUGAGAGCCACGACCAUGUCAAGAUCGCUCAGGAGCUUGUGCGCCAGCACAUCCGCGCCCACGAGCAGGAGACGCUGAACAAGGUCGACCUGGCCAUCACCGAAGGCUCGCGGCGCCACGUUUCCGUCAGUCACCUGUUGGACAAGAUUCGCAACAUGGGCGAUACGAGCAGCGGUGGACCGGCUAUGGAUGGCGUCGUGGCACCGAGUCCGAUUGUACGGCAUUUCCUCGUGUAG